GAGUGCAUGCAUACACAUCCCAAAUCUUGGCAUCACAUGAAACUUGUGCAGAAACACAGCAGAUCCUAUCCUUGCAGGUAUUAUGACUUCUGGAAAUUUGCCGUUUCCUGUUCAAGAACUAAAUGAGAGACGCCAGAAACCGUCCCAUGACAUCACGGCCACUCGGGGCUCUGUAGAAGAAAAUACCAGAAGGAACUCUGAAACGGUUUACGUCCUGAGAACGGACCCCUGCGGCUACUGCCUUAUCAUCAACAAUGUGAACUUCAACAGCGCCUCUGGCUUAUCCCCCCGGGCUGGAUCCAAUGUGGACUGUGAUAAGCUGGAGAAACGCUUCAGAUCCUUACGCUUUGAGGUCUUGACCCGACGGGAUCUUAAAGCUCAGGAGAUUGUCGCGGAGCUGCAGGGCCUGGCCACGCGAGAUCACAGCUCUCUCGAUUGUUGCCUGGUCAUCCUCCUUUCCCACGGCUGUCAGGCAAGCCACAUUCAGUUUCCCGGUGGAAUCUAUGGCACAGAUGGGCGGUCCAUCGCUGUGGAAAAGAUUGUCAGCUACUUCAAUGGGACCCAUUGCCCCAGCCUGAGGGGGAAACCCAAGCUCUUCUUCAUUCAAGCUUGUGGAGGAGAGAAGAAGGACCGAGGGUUUGAAGUAGAUUCUGACCCUUCUGCUGUCGAGUCGGAUGCAUCUCCCAUCCAGGUGCCUGCAGGAGACACUGAUCAGACGGAUGCUGUUGCAAGUUUGCCUACCCCUAGUGACAUCCUGGUGUCUUACUCUACUUUUCCAGGUUUUGUGUCCUGGAGGAAUAAGCGCACAGGCUCCUGGUAUGUCGAAACCCUGGACCACGUGUUGGAACAGUAUGCCCAUUCCGAAGACCUGCUCAACAUGCUUCUGAGGGUAGCAAAUGCCGUUUCUGCAAAAGGGGAAUAUAAGCAGAUGCCUGGCUGUUUUAACUUCCUCCGGAAGCGAUUCUUCUUCACGGCCAAAUGAAGAAUCCUCGGCGAAGAUUUGCCUUUAACAAACCCAAGGGAAGAUACCAGCCCCCUCGCUGAAGAUGUCAAGCAGCCAGAUGCUGCUUGAAGCAGCUGUCUUGUGGCUGGGAAAGGGAGCUUGUGUCCCUCCAGAUGUUGUUGGACUACAAUUCCCAUCAUGCCCAGCCAGCAUGGCCAAUGGUCUGGGAUACUCAGAAUUGCAGUCCCAACAACAUCUAGAGAGCUGCGGUAUCCCCAGAUCUUACGAAUUUGUUUCCUUCUUUCUUGAAGCCACCAGGAGAGCAAAUUUCAUCACUCUACAAAGAUUCCUCUCUUCUCUUUCUGGUUUCCGAAUCGCCCAUCGAUCCCCGGAGGAAAUGGCUAGGGAAACCAGUUUGCAUCAAAUGCCUUCCUCUUUCCACCGUGUCCUCCAGCAAUUUAAGACCCCCCUCUCUUACUUUUUUAUGUGUCUGUAUUGAGGGCAUUCCAAAUUACUUCUUCCAAUUGCCCUUCUUCCUUUGCAAAAGUGCUUGAGGGAAAGCCGCAGCUGUUAAGCUAGUUCAUGUUGGUGGUGUAAACAGGCCGCAGAUGAAUAAUAGAGGGUUGUCCCCAAAGUUAGCCCUACUCAGAGUGUACCCAUUGAAAUGCAUGGAAAUGACUCACUUAGAUCCAUUGUUUUCAGCAUAUCUACUCUGUGUAGGACUUGUUCAGCUACAUCCCAAUAAUUUAAAAAAAGCACUUCGUUGGGGGA